UAAAAUAAUUCUGUUUACAGUUUAUAAUCAGUUUACAGUUUUAUUCGUUUUUAAAUUCUACAUUUUGCAGACUCUGCACAGUUCAUAUUUUAUUCAAAACGGUUUGUUAAAUCGGUCAUUUUUCGGUCUAAAAAGAUAAUCGGAAUUUAGUGAUUUGAGCGGCCCUUUCUGAGAUUCUGCUCCGCUUCGAACUUCGUAUGAUGUGAUUUAUUGCUAGCACCUUGCUAGUACAAGUACUCGUAGUCGUAGAUCUUUGCCGUUUCUCGGUUUCUGAACUUCCCGUUUUCCGAUAACUGUGAUCUCAUUACCGUUGUUACGGUUGCUAAAUUUGAGAGUUUGGAAAGGUUUUUCAUAGUUUUGUUAAAGCGUAAGGAUGGCAGACGGUGAUACCAAGGAUAAUUCGGGAGGAAAGAUGCAGACGGAGCAGAUUGUAAACGGAUUCAAUCGUUUACGGCAAGAUCAAAAUGCCCUGUCCGAAAAAAUCACGGAACUCGAAGCUGAUGUUAACGAACACACACUGGUGGAGCAGAUGCUAGAGAAACUCGAACCAGAAAGGAAAUGCUUCCGACGAGUUGGUGGAGUGCUUGUUGAGCGCACCGUAGCCGAAGUUCUUCCGGCAAUUUCCUCAACACGUUCUCAGAUUGUUACCACAUUAAAAGCCAUGCGCGAGCAGUUAGAGAUAAAAAGUAAAGAGAUACAAGAAUAUAAGAAGGUUCAUAAAAUCGUUGUUCGAGGAGUGGACGCACCGGACAUGCCACUGGACGAGUUAGUGGCUUCGUAAACGAAAGAGGUUUAUGAAGAACAAAGUUUAAUGGUUCUCAGAAGCCUCGUAAGAUGUUAGUUACUUGUUUUAUGGGUGUCUAAUUUUAUAUAAAUUUGCUGUCCGAUCUUGCUGGCAUGCCUAACUAAUUCCUGUUUCGCUGUUCUGUCUGUACGAAAAAAGUACGGAAUUUUGUUCGCAUGGUUUUUCAACGGACCAAGAAAAUUGAUGAUAUGGUCGGCUUUUAUUUUUGCACUACUGUUUUGAAAUAUGAACCGCUUUUCGAAAAUUCGGUGAAAGAGCGGAAGUGCAACACACUGGUCACUGGUGACCCCAGUAACCGGUAUCUGGGUAUGUGCCGAAAAAGGAAGUCUUAAAUAAUGGUAACAAG